UGGUAUAAUUUUACAGUGACUACAUGUAAAAGGUUUGUUGUUGGAAAACCUGAGGUUUGGGUAAUAGCACCAGAGCCAGAAUCCUGAAAAUAUCUGGGACGUCAAGCCUCUUUUCCUUUUUCUUGUGCCUUCUUACCUCACUACCCCCAUCCUGAAAGUCUUAUCAUUGAUGUUAUAUCUUCCAGAAACUCUUCCAACCACCAAGAUGGCUCAGACUAACCCCAUACCAGGGUCCUUGGGGCCAUGGAAGGUAAGCUGAUCCAAUAACAUGGAAAAUGGAAAGAUCCAACAGGCAGGACUGAGGUGCUGCCGCACGGUGGCUACCAGGUCGUGCUUGCUCCCUGACAGUGCCCAUCCAACAAAAACCUACUGUGGCUACUGGAUUGGUUAUGAACAUACCAGCUUCUGUGGACAACAGUUUAUCCUGGAGAGAGGGGAAUACCCUCGAUGGGAUGCCUGGAGUGGGAGCAAUGCCUAUCACAUUGAGCGUCUCAUGUCCUUCCGCCCUAUCUGUUCAGCGAAUCAUAAAGAGUCUAAGAUUACCAUCUUUGAGAAAGAGAAUUUUAUUGGACGCCAGUGGGAGAUCUGUGAUGACUACCCUUCCUUGCAAGCCAUGGGUUGGUUUAACAAUGAAGUUGGUUCCAUGAAGAUACAAUGUGGGGCCUGGGUUUGCUACCAGUAUCCUGGAUAUCGUGGUUACCAGUACAUCUUGGAAUGUGACCAUCAUGGAGGAGACUACAAACACUGGAGAGAAUGGGGAUCUCAUGCCCAGACUUUCCAGAUCCAAUCAAUUCGCCGUAUCCAACAAUAGUGGAUUAAAAGUUCCAGAUUUCCUCAAGUAUGAAACCUUGAUAAGCACUCUAGGCUUUAUGUUCUGA